AUGGCCAGCUUCGCUGCUCAGCUCAAGGACAAGUUCCUCGGCCUCGUCGACCGCGUCACUGGCUGGGGCGGCUGCGGCACCGGCGCCGGCAGAGACAAGGAUGUGCCAGAGGCCACCAAGCUGCCAAAUAUCCAGCAGGUCCUGCUCCAGAAUCGCCCGUUGUUACUGUUAAUACAUGCAAGGUUUAGUUUAGGACUUUAG